AUGCGCCAGCACCCAGCAUUUUCUCAGCACGAUAUCCAGCUUAUUGUCAGAAAUUAUGUGACGGACCCUGAACCACGAGUGAGAAAGAAUGCAUGCAAGGCGCUUCUGGAACUCCACCGACAAGGAUUCAAACUUGCAUUGGAGAUGUACGAUGUCGCAGUGCUGGCGCUUCAGGAUGAUUAUCAGGAGGUUCGCAUGGAAGGACUUGACAUUAUCUAUCUUCUGAGCGAGCUAUAUCCGGACCAGAUUGUGCAAAAUCCGUUCGCCUCUCAGCUACAGGCCACACGUUUAGUCGACGACUCUUUUAUUAGAAUCUGCGACAUGGUCAAUGACAGCUCCGUUACUGUGCGAGCCAAGGCCUGUUCUCUCCUAGGCAAGUUCAGGGCUGUAGACUACAAGUUCCUAUCACAGACAUUCAGCAAGAAGAUUAUGGCCCGUCUUCGAAUGGACGUGGCGCCCAAAAACCUUGCCGCUGGACCAGCCCAGAAACAGGCUCAGAGGGCAAAAUUGAUUGCAACUCCUGAGGGCGAUCAGGAUGUGACGGCACAAGAAGUCCGCUUGCUUGAUUCCGGAGCGUGUGGAGCGUUUGUUCAUGGGCUUGAGGACGAAUACCAGGACGUGCGAAAUGCAGCCAUCAAUUCUAUUUGCGAGCUGUGCUUGCAGAACCCUGAGUUUUCUCUUCUCGCUCUCGACUAUAUGGUUGACAUGUUUAUGGACGAAAUCGACUAUGUUCGCCUGAAUGCUCUGACAAGUCUCUUCAGGAUCGGGAGCAGGGCCCCCAUCACAUUCGAUACCGAGCAGCUUCAGAUUGCUCUGGGUGUUCUAGAGGACGCUGAUCGCGAUGUGCGGGAGUCCACUCAAAGGAUGCUUGAGGUUGUAGUGAUGGCCACCGCCGAUGGCAUGACUUCGUUCAUGACAAGCAUCGAAUCGAAUAUGAAGAGGUUUCCGGAGGACCAACUGUCGAUUUAUCAAUGUAUCAAGGCGGUUGCAAGGCGCCAUGGCGGAUUUGUCGAGGCCAUGGUUUCCGAGAUGCUGCAUCUUAGCAAAAUGUAUCUGCCGAUCGAAGAAAACGUCGAGAGCAUGCAGUAUGGCGGUCACCUUAUUCUUAUUUUUAAUGCGGCUAUCCCCAACCCGCGGAUCUUGCAAAUGCUGCCAAAAUACACCUACAAGCACUAUAUCUAUCUCCGAGACAAAUAUCCCAGCUGUUUUCCUGAACCAUCUGACCUAGCUUCAGCGCUGACGAUGGCCAUUGCAGACGACGCAGAAAAUCGUAUGAAAGUUGAGGACUCAGACUCUCGGCGCUCGGAGUCUGCUUCCGCUUCUACUUCGGCAUAUGUUACCACCAUCGCCGCCAUGCGAGUUCAAACAGAGCAGGACGCAGAUAACCACCGCGCAAUGAUCCUUCAGCAGAUUGUGGUUUGCCAACGAGACCUCCGUUAUAUUGUGAAUGUGCAUGCAAAGCAAGGGCGGAAUGCAGAGUUUGCCGACAUAUUUUUAGAGUGCUGUGACCUUCUUAUCCAAAUCCAAGACAGCCAUGACACUCCUGCAUUUGUCAUUCAAGCCCCCACACUUUCCGCACAGCUGUUUCGACUAUCCUAUUACAUGGACCAUACCUUCCUAGGGCUCAAUGCCACGGCCAAAGUUUCUAUAAACUACUUUCGCGUUCUUGCGAAUCUGAUGGAUCAACCUGAAGUCGAUCAUGAGCGCGUUCAAAGGCACAGACACAUGCUUCUUGAUCUCAGGAUAUCAAUGUUGCGUGCAUUCAAGUCGCCAUCCACCCAAGAAAUUAUCAUGCUGAUGUCCGGGAUUAUCAAUUUCCACUGUCUCAACCUCGAGAGAAUUGGGGCACAAAUUACGAAGCCCUUACCGAACCGUGACAAUCCCUUGGAUGUCCACCCCUCGUUCCCGUUUCUUGUCAACGUCGAGGGCGUUAUUCAACACGUUCGAGACACAACAGGAAUUGCGGUUCAGGUGACAUUUCCGCAGAACGUGGUGCGACAUUAUUACCCUCCGCUGGACCAUUUC